AUGCUACUUGGCUCAUGCCUAGCAAUGCUACCUUUGUCUGCCGUAGCUGCACCAACACCGGAUCCCGAAGCUCAGAAACUCGCUGAUCCAACAUAUGGCCCCAUCCCGGGACAGUCGACCCUCUUUAGCGACUACAAGGGCAAGGCACCUCCAUUCCCCGGGAAUAUCACUGCCCCAAUCCUCCCUACAGCAUCGGGAGAUCCGGGCCCGGACGACCAAGUCUGGCAAAAUCUUUUGGCAGCCGAGUGGGCCAUCUUCAGCUUCUACCAACAAGGCGUUGAAGCCUUCAACACUUCCUCCUUCGUCGCUGCUGGCUUCCCGAACACAACUUAUGAUCGCAUCACGGAGAUCCGUAACAAUGAGGCUGGACAUCUGCGCAUCUUCCAGAACCAGAUCUCCAACACUAGUGUCAAGCCGGGAUCAUGCAAAUACGAGUACCCAUUUGUGGACGCCACGAGCUUCCUGGCGUUGACAACCUAUCUCGAAGUCGCUAGCAUGGCCUUCUUGACUGGUCUGGUCCAGGAACCUAAGAGCGAAGCUGCGCGCGGCGCCAUGGUGGCUAUUGCGACAGUAGAGUCGAGGCAUGAGACAUGGUCGUUGCUGGAUGUCUGGGGGGCUAACCCAUUCUCUGGACCGAGCGAUACCGUGUUCCCCUACGCCAACGAGAUUCUCGAUCUUACAAAGGCCUUUAUUGUGCCGGGAAGUUGUCCGUCAGCAAAUCCGGAGUAUCCCAGCCCGAGUCAGCACCUGCCGGCUAUGUCGGCCGCGACUAGGACGAAGUCUAUUGCUCCAGGGUCCGAAGUUUCGUUCAACUUCACCAACGCGGCUGAUCAGCCCAAAUUUGUCGAUGGAAAGAGCUAUUACGCGGUUUUCUUCCACGGCGUAGGGAACACCAGUGUAUCGGUUGAUGUAUCCGAAUGGGCAGCUGGCGAUUUCGUUAACGUGACAAUUCCAGCCGAAUUCGAAACCAAGGGAAUCAUUAUUGCGGUGCUGGCAGAUUGUCCGGGGGCUCCUGAGUUGGAUACGGUCGUGGCUGGACCUAGUAUCUUACUGCAGCAACCGGCUCCUAUCGGUUUGCUUCUGGCAUGA